AGCGCGUACGAUGAAACUCUCUUUGUCUCAAAUGUCUUCUUCUGUCUGCUAAAGUCUAUCCGUUUCUUUAGAUAGUCUAGAGUCAAGGAAAAUGACUCCUUUCCCAAGGGUAUUUCUCAAAGAAGCCCAAGUUAUCACCAUCUUGAUGGUGUCUAUGUCCACGGUUUUUGACAAGUCCCGUGCAAGCAAUAUGCAGUGCACGAACCAAAUCAAGCAGCAUUUGAACUUGUCCUCUUUGUCCAGCCUCCCACCUCUAAUAAGCUUCAAUAAUCUUUUUGCAUUUACACUCCUCUUUUUCAUAAUCUUUUUGAAAAAAAUUUCACCCUCCUCCAUCGCUUUGACAUAUCUUGAAUCACGGGGAUAACUCCCAAUAAUAUCAAACACCAUACCGAACAUCGGAUAAAAUAACAUUAUACCGAAUAUCAUAUAAAAUUCCACUUUUAACAAAUGUUUUUCCUUAGCUUGAAAAUGUCACUAGUGACAUCUCCUUCCCAAUAUAAAAACCAUACUCUCCACCAGUUACAAUUCCAAAGUUAUUACAGUACUAGACUCCAAAACUUGAAUAAAUACUAACUAUAAAGCACUAUAUAAUGUAAGUCACUCCAUUCAAACCCCACAUACCUUUCUCAAACUAAAGAACACAACAACAAAAGCAAAACAAAAAGUUUACAAGAAUGAGCUUCCAACGUUUCUACCAAACAUGGUAUGAUCAAUUAAAAGAUGUGAUACGUCAACUAAGUCAAGUACCAAGACAACCCACCAAUGACCAACAACAUGAGUUAUACCGACAGCUUGUCCAAAAAGUCAUGUCACAUUAUCAUGAAUUCUACAGAGUAAAAUCUUCAGCUGCAAAAAAUGAUGUUCUCACAAUUUUUGCUGCACCAUGGGCUACCUCUCUAGAAAGAUCACUUCAUUGGAUUACUGGAUGGAGACCAACAACAGCUUACCACCUUAUUUAUACUGAAUCAAGCAUUUUGUUUGAGUCUCAUAUUAUUGACAUUCUCCAAGGCCUCCGUUAUGGAGACCUCGGAGAUCUGUCACCUGAUCAACUAGCUAGAGUUAGUGAACUUCAGUGUGAAGCUGUUCAGGAAGAAAAUGCUAUUAGUGAUGAAUUGUCUGAUUGGCAGGCACGCGGUCCUCAUCCCUCUCCUUUUUCUUACAAAAUUUUGAUAGCUUAGCUGAAUCUCGAGAGUAAGGUCACUCUGUCACUUACAA